AGAAACUGUACUGCAUGUCUGCCAGUUUGUUCAUCAGCUGAAACCAGUUGUUUGAACAGGUAAGAGUUAAAUGACCAAGAGGGCCACUUUUCAUCAUCCUGUAGUCCAGUGACUGCAAUCCACCAAUUAUCUAAUGCUAGAGUUGUGACUCAGAAACUGAUUAUUAGGCAAAUUAUUCAUUUUUUGCCUUCUUGUUGCCUUGUUUAACCUGUGACAUGAUGGAAGUAUUACAUCGUGUUACACUGUUUUGAUGAGUAGUCUGUUUUCGGUUUUUGUUUUGUUUUCUUCCUUUAUGGAGCAGUGCAUUUUGGGCCACCCUUGUUUUGAAGCCAUUCCCUUGGCUUUAAAAUGGACAAAAGGAUUAGAUUUCAACCAGCCACAGCCCUCCCUCGGCAGCUUUUGUUGUACUGUAACAAAACCUUUGCCUCUGUUCUCAGGCUCCAGUAUGUAGGCCAGGGGCUGGACAUUGUAGCUCUAAUGGCGCAGGUGUUCUCAGGUUAGUGGCCAGAGGUCGAGACAUUUCAAAGCCAGGUAAAAAUCUCACUCAUUAACAUUUUGAUUCAGAUUUCUGUAGACAUCCUCAGGUUGGUUUAGUUGUCCCAAUACUCAAAAAGAGGUGCAGACUAAAGUCAAAGGCUCAAAUGUAUUUGAUUUAUUUAUUCAAUAACACCAAGUGGCAAAGGCAUGAACAUUUAAUAAACUCUCUCUCCUUACAGUAUCAACAAACUGUACAUAGAACCACUUUUAACUCACCACUGUAUUAUGACUCUUUAAUCAUUUAAACAGAUCAACUAAGGUGAUUAUUAGCCGCUGUAAUACUGAGGCUCUAUCUCAUUGGUCCUGUGUCAAAAACUAGUUUAAAGAGCGGUUUUAUUUUAGUUUAUAUUGGGUAGAGCUGAAACGAUUAGUUGAUCAGCAGACUAAUCAGUCAACAGAACAAAUGAACUGUUUUUGCUGAUCCAUUAAUCUCUUCAGUCAUUUUUUUCAAGCAAAAACACCACCUUCAGCUUUUCCAAUGCAAAAAAAUGCUGCUUUUCUCUGUUUUCCACCAUCAUGAGCUGAAUCUCUUUGGGUCUUGAACUGUUUGUCAGACCUAACAAGAUAUUUGUAUAUGUGACCUUGGAUACACAGACAAGGCAGAGGGUGUCAGUGGGUCCAGUCAGGCCGUGCAUACAUAAUUUCACAUCUAGACCAUGAUAAAACACAGCGUGCAAGACAGACUCGUCUUUACUCACCCGGCAUGCUGGGUAUCUGUGUCGUCUGUGCAAUGCAACACUGCCAUCUAUGGAUAACAGUUACGUUCCGCUUACUGUUUAUCCUGCAUCACGUUGCCGCCUGUGUGCGUCCAGACGCUGCUGCCUGGACGCGCCUGUCAUCUGGAUGAAACUCCUCCCCGCAGACAGCGCGUCCUGUCGCCUCUCCAGCGCAAUGGUCUCCUGGAUCAUCUCUAGGCUUGUGGUACUUGUGUUUGGUACACUAUAUCCUGCAUACUCCUCUUAUAAAGCUGUGAAAUCAAAAGAUGUGAGAGAAUAUGUGAAAUGGAUGAUGUACUGGAUAAUAUUUGCCCUAUUCACGACUGUGGAAGUAUUUACAGAUAUGUUUCUUUGUUGGCUUCCUUUCUACUAUGAACUGAAGAUAGCCUUUGUGGUGUGGCUGUUGUCCCCUUAUACUAAAGGCUCCAGUGUGCUGUACAGGAAGUUUGUCCAUCCCACACUUUCCUCAAAAGAAAAGGACAUUGAUGAGUACAUCUGCCAAGCCAAGGACAAAAGCUAUGACACACUGGUGCAUUUUGGGAGAAAAGGGCUAAAUGUUGCAGCCACAGCUGCAGUCAUGGCUGCAACAAAGGGCCAAGGAGUCCUGUCCGACAGACUGAGGAGUUUCAGCAUGCAGGAUUUGUCUUCCUACCAGUCUGACUCUGUUAACUCCGGCCCUGAUACCACGCAGCCUGCAGCAGCACAGCAUCGGACCAGAACUAUGAUGCGCAGCAAGUCAGAGAGCUACAACAAGGGACAGGAUUUUGACAUGACUGAAUAUGAGGUGUUGGGGCUGGACCAAUGGGACUCCAAGGAGUCGCCGUCCCAGACCAUUUCACCCUCUGAGUCUGAGUCCACACCCAUUACACCCUCACUGACAUCCCAGUCCACUCCACCCUCUCCACCUGCCACGCCCUCUCCACCUCCCACUCCCCCAGUCCCGGAGCAGCCUGAGGAGGUGGGGAAAGGGGUGCAGGCAGCGUUGAGCUCUCCACAGCUCAGACUGACUAAGAGGAAGGCUCCUGAGCCUCCUCUUAGAGUUUUAAGGCCUCUCACAAGAUCCAGGAGUGCUCUUUCUUCGAACAAUGAAGCCAUGUGAAACUGUCCUCAAGACUACUCCAGCUGCCUUUGCUGCAAGACGUAAAAAUACUGAAUGGCCAAAAGCUACAUGACUGAAGCAGCCUUGCUUUGGAAUAAGGUAUUACCAAAGUGACCUAUGAUGACCCCUCUAUAUAUAUAGUAUAUAGCUUGUGGCUCAUGAUUAACUAAAGGAGGUUUGUGACACUGACUUAGGAAAAAUGAGUGAAUGGGCUCCAUGCUGAUAGACACUUUGAGUUUGUGGUUUAUUGAAUAUGUAUUUCUGUACAGUUUGUGUGUACUUCAUCUUUCUGAUUUGAUUGUUUUUAUAUAUCAGGUCUUGGGUAGGCAAUCGCAUGUGUGUCUUCUCAGUCAUUAGUCCGCUGUUUAUUAAACAGAAUGUACUGUCACUGAAUACUACAGCUGGCAUCGAGAAUGACGUGGUCACUGUUAGAGAAUGUGUUACAAGCCAAGGAUCAAAAGAAAAGGCGAGGCUGUUUGUUCAUUCUUAAUCUAUUUGCUCUGGAGAAACAUCUGAGAGCUUCUGAAUUCUGCACUGAUUAAUUAACACUUCAAGGUAUUGAGAAAUCAGUCAAUUACCCCAAAACAAAAACCAAUCUACCUUAUAGUAAUGAUAAGUCAGGCAGCAGUGGCAGACAAUAUUCUGUUAUUUACCUCUCUAUUAAAGCCUUAAAGAAAGAGACAGCAGAGAUAUGAGAAUAUAAAAUGUCUCUUCACAUGAUCUAACUAUCUCUAACACAGCUAAGUUCUCAUUAAACAACAACAUCAUUUUUGCACUAUGUUUAGAAUAUAAAUUACUGCCCUCAAUACUCGAUGAAAUUGCCAAAAAUGACAACGAGAAAUCAAAGAAUCAUAGCAAAUUAGUAGCUGAAUAUUAUCAUUAAAAUGUUUACCAUUAUUAUCCAUUUUCUCUGUGGUAAAGAAAUAAUUACUUCUGUAAGAGGUAAUAAGAUCAGUAUCACAGAUAAAAGAAAAAAGUCACUACCACAAGAGGACUUCUCAGUGUAGCAGACUGUUUUUGACAAUCUACUGUAGGUUUCUAAACACAUUUUGUCAUUUAUUUGACAAACUGUGCAAUUUAAGGCCGAUUAGGAAUAUGUCACUUUCAGCUGUAGCAGAAAUUGAUAUGAAAUGAGUCAAUAUUAACUGUAGGUGAACAUGGUUCUUUUUCCAUGUUUGUAAUCACUGUGUAAUGCUCUGCUUAACUGAGCGACACUAAAUCUUACCUUCUGCUUGCUUCCGUUAUUCUUUAGGAAUUCAUGAGAGAGCCUAUAUUGGGUUUGCAGGUUUACAAACUUAGAUUUAAGUUAAUAUAGCGUGGCAAUGCAUCGUAUGUUUUCAUCCUGUACUUAAUUCACUGAGCCUGAAUCAUAGCAAAAUUUUUACACAAAGUAUCACUGUGUUGGUUGUUGAUGGUUGGAUUUACGCAGUAGAUUUAUAAUUUUCAUCAUUGUAUCUGUAUCAUUUAAGGUGGUUUGAAGUUUGAAACAAAAGCUUCUCAGGUACAACUGUUCUGUUUACACGUCAUUCACUCUGAUGUUGUAGAUAACACUUGUUAUGCACAUGAAAUGUCCUUUUAAUGGAUAAAUGAAAAAAUAUAUAUAACAGGAAAAAUCAGAUCAUGUGUUUCAGCGUUAGUAGUAUCAGUGUUAGUGUUGGAGGUGAUUUCCUUCUAUUAAAAUUCAUGCAAAUGAAAAUGGAGAAAAAAAAACGCUGCUAAUUAGCAGAUUUGUAUACUUGUGUGUAAACAGAUAAACUCAUCAUUGCAUGAUCUUUGUUAUUAAUUUGUCUGAAAAUUGGAUUUCUUCAGCAGUUUUGUGUGAAGCUCUUGGCCUCCUCAGACACCACGCUGGUAAAACAAUUACACAAUUAGCUUUUGUCAUUUUCAAUUGCUUUCUAGAAAGAACAUGAAAUGUUAUGACUGUAAGUAUAAUGACUUUAAGUUGGCUAUACAUACAUAUAAAUAAUGUCUUAUUUACUGGUAAACACAAAGAGACACAGCUUACUAAGUUAUCCUAAGCAAUUUUGUUCUGGCAGGCCAGAAUGUCAAAUUCCUUAAAUUUAAUCUUGGUUGUGAAUUAUAAACUAAAAGCAGUGAUGUGACGACAUGAUGAUUUAUGGCUGUCAAUUUACUGUUCCACUGGAUUAAAUAUUUCUGUUUAAAUCGAUUUACAGUCAUUAAAUAUCAAGUAAAAUUUUGA